AUGGCACAAAAAUUUUUUGAUUCCCUUGAAUACAAAUCAAACUUAGAAAAUAUCAAUACAGAAAAGGCCGCUUUCCUAAAGGAAUUUGAAUUACAAUAUGGUUACGGCGGUAAAAUAGAUCAGAUACGGGAAGAAGAAUAUCCUCAACUUAACGGGGCCAUUUUUCUUGACCAUUCCGCGACAACCACUUAUGCCAAAAGCUCUCUUACAUCUUUUACUACUGACCUUACUAAUAACCUUUAUGGUAAUCCUCACGCGAACUCACCUAGUUCGCAACGGUGUAAUCAAAGGUUAGAUCAAAUCCGUGAUCGAGUUCUUAGACAUUUUAAUACCAAUCCGGAUUACUAUCAAGUUAUAUUCACCCAAAAUGCCACGGCUGCUAUCAAAUUAGUUGGUGAAAUAUUCCCAUGGACAUCGGGCCAAAGUUCUUAUAAGUACUUGAGGGAAUCCCAUAACAGUAUCAUUGGGUUAAGAAGAUUUGCCGAAGAAAUCAAUGCUCAAAGUAUUCAAGCGAUAACGGAGGAUGAUUUCUUUUCCGUAUUUGAUAGUGAUUCAGUAAGGCAAACCAAAUACUUACCACGUGAUAACCACAAUAAUAUAACGUAUAACCUCUUCGCUUAUCCAGCACAGUGUAAUUUCUCUGGAAUAAGGUUUCCUUUAACAUGGACUUGUGAAAUAAAAAAAUUUAAUAAUAAAAAUAACGAUUCAAAGACUUUAGUAUUAUUGGAUGCUGCUGCUUAUAUUUCAUCGUCUUUGCUAUCGUUAUCCGAAGUAGAUACAUCUCCAGAUUUUAUUACUAUUAGUUUCUAUAAGAUGUUUGGUUAUCCUACUGGAUUAGGAGCAUUGAUAGUAAAGAGUGAAUUAGAACCAAUAUUGAGAAAGAGGUACUUUGGUGGUGGCACUCUGGAUUCAAUUGCUUAUGAUAGACCGUGGCAGAAAUUUCGUAAAUCAUUACAUGAACGUUAUGAAGAUGGCACAAUUAAUUUCCUUGAUAUUAUUGCUUUAGAUCACGCGUUUGACGCAUCGGAACGUCUAUUUAAUAACUUCAAUUUUAUCAAAAGUCAUGUCACCUCUUUAAUGAUUUAUCUCAGUCGAAAUAUGAAAUCUCUACAACAUUACAAUGGGCGAUCAGUUUGUGUUGUCUACUCAAAUAAUGAUUUCUCAGAUAAUACAUUUCAAGGUCCUGUUUUCAGUUUUAAUGUAAAACGUGCAGAUGGAUCUUGGGUUGGAUACCUUGAAUUAGAAAGGUUAGCAAGUGUUAAUGGUAUUCACAUUAGAUCAGGCAUACUCUGUAAUCCCGGUAGUGUUGCGAGGUGGAUAAAAUUAUAUCCUGAAAACAUCAUAGAUAGCUUUGCUAGUGGUAAAACAUGUCACGAUGAGCAAGAUAUGUGGGAUGGAAAACCAGCGGGAGCAGUUCGGAUUUCUGUUGUUCCAAUUAAAUCAUGUCAUGGAUUUAACAUUUCACCAUUUACUUCAUGGCCUAUAACUAGCCAAGGGUUGUUGUAUGAUCGUGAAUGGAUGUUGAUAGAUGCAGGGAAAGGAAAAGCAUUAAGUCAGAAAAUUCUUCCUCGAAUGACUUUAAUUCGUCCAGUUAUUUUAAGAGAUAAAGGGUUACUUUUAGUAUCAGCUCCUGACCGGGACCCAUUGUACAUUAAUUUGGAUCCCGAAGGAGUCGAACUUUCCACGUAUUCUUCACAAGUUUGUGGUGACAAAAUUCAGGCAUAUAUAUAUACAUCACCAGAAAUUAGUGAAUGGUUUUCGUCUUUUCUUGGCUUAUCCUGUCGACUAGCGCGACAUGCAUCUAUGACAAAUGACUGCUUAAUGCAGCGUCGUUUUAUCAAACCACACCUUGACGCGUCUGAAAAUGCGCCUCUGUCUUUAUCAAAUGAAUCACCGUUUUUAAUGAUUUCGCAUUCAAGCGUUGAUCAUGUUAAUAAAAAAAUCAAAGAAGAAGGAAAUCGUGAAGUGAAACCGGAUUGCUUUCGUGGAAAUUUUUUAAUUAAUGGAGCAACGGAAUUCGAUGAAGAUCAAUGGAAAAUGGUUCGAUUCGGUGGACAAGUUUUUAAAAUCAUUGGUCCGUGCAGGAGAUGUCGUAUGGUUUGUAUAAAUCACGAGAAUGCUGAAGUAACUAAAGAGCCAUAUUCUACGUUAGCUCGCUGUCGACGAUUCAAGGGCAAGAUAUAUUUUGGACAUCACAUGGUUCAUGUUCCUGAUCUUUCAAAGAUACCUUAUGUAAUUGAGAGCGGUUCAUCAGUUCAAAUUGAAUAUAUCAAUUAA